UUCACUGCACAUGUUUAGCGUGGAUUAAGCGUGGGCUUUUCGAGCGCUUGUCCUUCGCGUCUGAAUAAUUUGCGCCCGUUCCUGUAACUGAAGCCCACAUGACAUCGUCAGAACCAUCUGGCCGUCCCCAUAUCAAGCAGAAAAGUGGACGCAGGUACCGCUCGGUCAAAGACUGCUGCAGAAAAGGCGCAAGUGGAAUAUCGCCGGGCGGCAAGUCAAGUUACUCUUCAAUGGCAUCCCUGGACCAGUAUCAUACGCUCGUGUCAAUACAAGAUGAACUGCAUUAUUGCCGGCAGUGUAUCUAUGUGACCAAGCAAAGAGCAAACAUGAACGCACACCUUCGCAGACACACGGGGGAGCGUCCCUUCAAGUGCCGCUUGUGUCCUGCUUCCUUCACUCAUAACUGCAACCUCAAGCAGCACUUGCGCAUCCACACAGGAGGGCGUCCCUUUUCCUGUCUUCUCUGCAAUGCAACCUUUUCGCAGAAGAGCAACCUCAAGAACCACAUCUUCUGUCGUCAUUCAAAGGAAAAGUCUUAAAGGUCUUUGCUGGAGUUAGCAUUUUUCUUGUGACAGAGCAGCAGGCUUAAUUGGUUGAAUGUAUGUUUAUUGGUGAGGAUGACUUCUACAGUUCAUCAAACUUCUUCAAAUGCACGAAAAAUGUAGUUUCUGGCAAUAUAUCGUUUAGAAGUCUCUUGAACUACUUGUUCAUUCACCUUCCACUAUGUCCUUUAGAAGCUUUUUUGCAUGAUAAUGGUAUUUGACAAACAAUGGCCUCCUUGCAUUCUGUAUUGCGGAAAGAAUGAAUUUUUCUACACUUAACAGGAAUACUUUAAAUGCC